UGACGGCUGCUAUUUUAUGACGCAUCUUGGAGCUUGUGGGGUCAAGGGUCACAAUCGCAUCUCCCAUAAACACUGCGCAUGUCUCUGUGUCAGACAGCCAUGCUCCUGUGCAGUCUCGUAUCGCUGUAUCUCCUGGCAACGGCCCACGCUGGUGGAGGGCCGUGCAGGCAGAUGUAUAACGAAACCACGGGGUCCUUGGAGUCUGCCAACUUCCCCGACUUCUACGAUGACUUCAGCGACUGUCAGUACUUUAUCCAACCUCGGCUAAGCGCCGCUUCCAUCAUCAAGGUGGUACCGGAGACGUUUGUCCUCGAGGGAGGGUACGACCUCUUGGAGGUUCGUGAGGGGGGAAGACACGGCAGGUACGUCGGGCACUUCACCGGCUCAGUCAUGCCCAUCCUCUACGGCAAGGCAUUCUGGCUGAGGUUCACGAGCGACUUCAGCAAUGCCAAGAAAGGUUUUCGAUUCUCCUGGAGCGUGGUGUCGGAAGGCGUGAGGCUUGUGAACGGCACAGGGGGUCUGGAGGGGCGUGUUGAGUUUUACCACGCCGGGAGGUGGGGCACCAUCUGUGACGACUCCUGGGACCCCGCUGAAGCGUACGUCGUUUGCGCGAUGAUGGGAUUCAAGGAUCCCGAGGCGCUGAAGUUUACACAGGCACAUUUUGGACGCGGAGCUGACCCUAUUUGGUUGGACAAUACACAAUGUUACACAAACAUGACGUCUUUAGCACAAUGUCGCACUGAGAGCUGGGGGCAACACAACUGUAAUCACGGGGAGGACUCGGGAGCCAGAUGUACAGGUGCUCUGAGAACUAUAAGACGGCUCGUCGAAAAAAGAACGAGUUUCCCUAAAGGUUGCAGCGGCUGGUUCACCAACACCACGGGCACCCUGACCUCGCCCCAGUUUCCGCUCUACCCCAACUUCGCCCAGUGCCAGUACGCCAUCAGCCCUUCAGCGUCCACAUCCAUCAUACGGCUGCAGUUCACAAUGUUCGACCUGCAAGAAGGAUUUGAUUUUCUUGAGGUUCGGGAAGACGGUCCGACGGGAGCUUUUCUAGGACGGUUUAGCGGCCAGCAUCUGCCACCGGUGAUGUACGCCAAGAAGCUAUGGCUGUCCUUCACCUCGGACGCUUCACUCGGAAAGAAGGGCUUCUUAGCCUCAUGGGACGAGUCGUCGAAUGGAGUCCGUCUAAGGAAUGGUACAGACGUAAGCGAAGGACGUGUUGAAAUCUACCGCCAGGGGGAGUGGGGUACCAUCUGUGACGACUCCUGGGACAGGAUGGAGGCCUUGGUCGUGUGUCGGAUGCUGGGCUACGUUGAUGGAGAAAACGUGAACGCAACGUCUUUGCCGGGAGGAGCGUUUGGUCCGGGAUCCGGGAACAUAGUCUUUGAUGAGAUGAGUUGUAUCGGCGUUGAAGAUAAUCUCCACGAAUGUUCAUCUUCUGAGGAUCACAACUGCAACCACUUCGAGGACGCAACAGCCAGAUGCAUCAGCAAAACUCCCAUAACCCCGUCUGCCAUGGACAACAGUACCUUCAUCCAACAGAGUAUGGUGGAGGCUGUGACUGUCACGUGUGACUCGCUGACAAUGACAGUGACAAUCAGUCUCUCCCAAAUUGAUGACAUCUAUCCCCAACUGGCGGAGGGAACAGAAUACUUAUCGCUCGCCACUGACAACUGUGUUGGGAACAUAAAGAACAACACCAUCGUCUUCAACACCGACAUCACAGACUGCGGGAUGGUGUCCUUGCAAAACCAAGAAUACAUCGUCUACCGCAACAGACUGGUAUCCCACCCGAACACCUCCACCGACACUGGCAACUCCACCAUCUCACGCGGCUUUAACGCAGUUGUCAUCCCCAUCACGUGCUCGCUAGCCAAACGGGUGAGUCUGACCGCCCGCAUGAUCAGCUACUUGAAGACACGGAAGAGCACCACUGUCCGCGGUUACGGGAACUUCACUGCUCAGCUGAACUUCUACAAAGACAUGACGUUCAACCGGCAGAUCUAUGACUACCCGAUGUACGUGGAGCUAGGACAGGAGGUGUACGUGGAGGCCCGCAUACUGACCCGGGACAAGAAUCUGAAGGUCGUGCUGUACGACUGUCAGGCAACACCAGGCAACUCUACAGAUACUGGAGUAUACACUCUCAUUUCUAAAAGAUGCACAAUUGACAGUUCAACGAUGAUGAUGACUUCUCCCAACGCCACUGCGGCUAGAUUCCACUUCAAGACGUUCCAGUUCCUCCAGGUGGAGGGUGAGGUCUUCAUCAAGUGUGCCCUACUGGUGUGCAACGUCACGGACAAGUCCCAACUCUGUAGUCCUGCAUGUUCCAGCAGUGACCGCCAGAGACGCAGCGCCGACAAAGUUCAUUUUGUGGACGUCAUGCAGGGGCCACUGAUAUUGAAGAGCAAGGCUCAACCAGUCCACAAGCCUCCCAGCACAAUCCAUGUGGGAGCUAUCAUUGCCACGUGUGUCGUUGUUGCGGUCGUUGUCAUCGCAAUCACGCUGUUUAUGGUUUCACGGAAGAAGAAGGUCACGUCGUUCACAAAUCAAGUAUACAACGACUACGACAACCACAAUGACAUGGUGUCGAUGAUGCAAAUGACACCCCCACCUCAAGUUAGGGAUUGAUGAGGAAACCGACAAACAUCUGGGUAUAGUCUGUCCUCACCUCGACCUACGUGUAUCGCAUCUCGCUGUACAUAUACUUACAAAGCCGAGCAUCUCGGUAUGUUCAUCAGGACAUAAAAAGACGCUCUUGUAUGAUGUUGACUCUAUAUAUAGUUCUCCGGGAUUCAGUGAUUAAACUUAGGGUAGUGAUUACCUGGCGCACUGCAUACCUGAAAUUAAUGUUUACCUGGCACACUGUUUACCUUAAAGUAAUUUACCUGGUGCACUGCUUACCUUAAAGAAAUUUAUCUGGCGCACUGCUACCCUUAACGUACCUAACCUUGCGCACUGCUUACCUUAAAGUAAUUUACCUGGCGCACUGCUUACCUUAACGUACCUUACCUUGCGUACUGAUAACCUUAAAGUAAUUUACCUGGCAUACUGCUUAUCUUAAGGUAGUGCUUAUCUGUCGCACUGCUUAUCUUAAAGUAAUUUCCUGGCGCACUGCUUACCCUAACGUAAUUUACCUGGCGCACUACUUACCUUAAAGUAAUUAACCUUGCAUACAGCUUAUCUUAAGGUAGUGUUUAUCUGGCGCACUGCUUAUGUUAAGGUAGUGUUUACCUUGUGCACUGCUUACCUUGAAGUUAAUUCUCUGGCACACUGCUUACCUUAAAGUAAUUUUCCUGGCGCACUGCUAACCUUAACGUCAUUUACCUGGCGCACUGCUUACCUUUAAGUAAUUUACAUGGCGAAAUGCUUACCUUCAAGUAAUUUACAUGGCAUACAGCUUAUCAAGUCAGAAGCAAUCCUAUGCACGUGUAAAAUAUUGAAACGUGUUCCUCACAAGGGGCAAAAGUGUGUGAUGGUGUUUUGGUAUAUAUAACAUUAUGUGUUUUGCUGACGCUUGAAUAAACAUAUAAAAUAC